AUGAUAGAAGAACCAUUUAAUACAACAGAAUUCUCAUUUGAAGACUUGACUGAAGACCUAAAACUCCAAUACUUUAUGAUGUUAAUAUUGUUCAUUUCCUACCUUGUUGUUAUUUGUGGAAAUUUCACCAUUAUUGUUGUGAUUUGGGUCACUCCUAACAUGCACACUCCUAUGUACAUAUUUCUGAUGAAUCUCUCCAUCAUUGACAUUGCUUCCACCUCAAAUAUUUUACCUAAAUUAUUAUAUAUGCUCAUCACCAAGUAUAACAUAAUCUCAUUCUGGGAAUGUAUAGCUCAGCUGUAUGUAUUUUUGCUACUGAGUUGCACUGAAGUUGUCCUGCUUACAGCCAUGGCAUAUGACCGCUAUGUUGCCAUAUGUCACCCCCUUAUCUAUGUAAGUAAAAUGAGCAUAAGACACUGUGCCGGCCAUUUAGUUACAGCGUGGACUUUUGGGUUUCUAAACCCUAUUGGAUAUAUUGCCCUUAUAUCUAAAAUGUCCUACUGUACUUCUCAUGGAAUCAGCCACAUCUUCUGUGACAUUGCACCUUUGUUAAAGAUCUCUUGCAGUGGUGUAUCUGAAGUAGAAAUGCUAAACUACAUUGAAGGAACAAUGUUGGGAUUUAUUACAUUUCUUUUCACUUUAAUCUCAUAUAUUUUCAUCAUUUCAGCAAUCCUAAAUAUAAAUUCUGCUACAGGUCGAUCUAAAGCUUUUUCUACCUGCUCUUCCCACCUGACCUGCAUUAUUCUAUUUUACGUGACAAUAACAUCUUUGCAUAUGCAACCCACAUCCAGCUACUCUUCCAAACAGGACAAGUGGUUUUCUCUUGUGUAUGCUGUUUUGGUGCCAAUGUUAAAUCCUUUCAUUUACAGUCUAAAGAACAAAGAUGUCAAAAAAGUAUUGUUGAAAUUGAAAAAGAAAUGGGUAUAG